AUGUACUCUUCGCAGCCAAAUCAUCGCAAUACUGGCUGUAUAUAUCCGCCCUCUGGCGGCAUUUCUCUACCUCAGGCCAGACCACGUCGCAGAAUUUCUAGAGCCAUUCCAAUAGUCAAUCCGAACCCGCCUCCACCACCAGCUCCACCUCUCCCUCCUAGCACCAGUACGAUAACAAAACCAAGGAUUAAUCCUGGAUAUCUCCACCUCAAAGAGAUCAUCGAGCAAUUUGACAAGUCAGCUCUCCCUGCUUCAGCUGGCAACUCGCGUUUCUAUACUUUGCCCGAGACCAACUUCACGGCGAAAGACACCGACAGUAAUAGCAUACAACAGAAAAACCAUGGAUAUGCGGGGCAACACCAGCGCAGGGCCACUCGAAUGGAUCCCCACCACCACGUUCUGAAUUAUAUCUUUCUUCCGUACCGCUGCGAUACCUCAACUUGCCGUGAACGCUUCCAGGCGUUUUUCAAUGUUAUCACACCGAACGAAUGGGAAAGGCUGGCUAGGUGGAAGGAAAAAAUUGAGACCAACUUUAACCAGAUGAGAGAUACCACAAAUAAUUUAGGGUCUGAUGCAGCCGUCUCUCGAGCAAUGAAGAAGUGGGUAGAGAUGAUGACCGGGGUCUCAUUGGAUGCUGCCUAUGCCAUGAAAUACAUGGAAAGGAUGGGAGCUCAUGGAUCAACACCAAUAUAUUCGCUGGACCCAUCAACUCAAUAUAGAGAGAAUCAUCCGCGCAUGCCGGUUUGCUAUCCCCCGUCACAUUACUACUCGGGACAUUCACCCAGUCAUAUAGGUUAUGAUGCAGGCUUUAUCCACCCAGGAAAUAUAGGAAAUAUCUAUAACCCUCCAAGGGUCCCGCGAAGUACUCAUAUACCAAGAUCUAUACCCAAUAUACGUCCACAAACGCGUUCUCGUUCCAGAUCAGCCGGUGUAUUUGCUACAGGGCCAAUCUCAGUUCCUCCUAAUGUUACGUCUAACACUGAUUUCGAAUGGGAAAGCUCAACAAAUCCGGCCCAUGGCAGAACGUUUGAUCCUAGACACCCGUGGGGAGGGCCUGCUACCAAUAGGUUAGAGGUUUCUGAAAGAAAUUAUCGAAACCGGAUCCCGCAGUACACUCCAAUCCCUAACCCUAGCGGACGUAAGACACCACCGCAUCAGAGAUCCCCUAAAUUGAGGAACAGCAUCGCAAGUGUCUCAAACUUGAGCAACACCAAGGAAAGCCCAGCCGUUACGUCCAAGUUGACUGAGGGAAACAAGGACGAGGUCGCUAAAACUAUCGUAAAAGAGUGGGCAGACGAAAACGAUUCUGCAUCUGAAAAACAGAAAUUGAAUCCAAGCCAAUAUCAGAAUAGCUCUGAACUUGAGAAGGUGAGUUUACUGAUUGUGGGCUUGAAAGAGACAACAGCCCAGUCAGUGCCACCCUCGGCUCCCUCAACCGGGCUCCUCGCUAUCGGGGAGGAAAACAUAAGCAAUUCUACUAGGCCGACUGAUGAGAAAGCAGACCAAAGGGAAUCACGGGUACUUUUGAAAGAACAGGACACAGUUGCGAUCAGUGAAGAGAGUUCUAUUAGUAGACAGGCCCCGGACGCGAAAAAGAGAAGAAACAGUCGGAACUCAUCGCCUAGAAACCCAAAGGAAUUUAGAGAACGGCGAAAUUAUGCCAGAGCUGUUUCGGGUUUAAACCAAAAUAAUGAGGACCAGCAGCAUUCAGUUACCUUACCUACCUUCAUCAACUCAAACACUAAUCCAGCUAUGUUAGCAAGUCAACAACGACUAUCUUCCGAGUGUAAUACCCGAGCAAUUAAAAGGCUUCACGUCAGUUUAAACUAUGCUAAAGCUGUUUCCGGCGCGGAUGGAAGAAAUGAAGAGCCGAUGGAAGUUUCCCGUGCUCUAGUUCCUCCAAUACCUUCAGAUCCAGUACCACUGGUCAAAAAUACAUGGGCAAAUAUAGCAAAUUGGCGGAAUAAUGAUUCAAGGGCCGAUCUUGAGCGCACUUCUCAGUCCGUUUCACCUAAGACCCCCGCCGCACUUCCGAAUGAAAGAACUGAGACCUCUGGGUUGUCUGCUCCUGUUGAAGGUCCACUCCCUGAAUACCCAGAACUGGGUAGCCAGUUGGGAACUCCCUCAUCGAACCGCCUUUCUGGAACACGAAAUCCACAAAGUAGACCAUAUCUCUCAGCUCAGGCAAAAUCGUUUGAACCAACUGGCUCUCACCAUAACUUUCCAGUCGGCCGGUAUCGAAACACCACCAACAACCCAAGGCCAUUACCAUUUCCUGCGCAUAAUCCACUCACGCGAAUGAAUUCAUCACCGAUUCUGCCUGACAGCACCAAUGUCUACUACCCCGACCCACUUCUAGAGACUUUUUUCAACACACCCCAGCUCAUUGAAUACUGGAGUAAGUCAUACGAUAGCCUUUUGUUUCAUCAAAACCGCCUCAGAGUUCAGUUCCUGAGGAUCGAAACUGUCUUUCAGGAUGAAUGGGAUAUGAUUACCCCUGACCAGCGAAGGGCCAUAGUCUCAAGGGCAAUCUCUAAUCUCGACGAAAAGCCUGAUAGGAUUCAAUUCUGGGAUACUCCCAACGUAGAAAAAAUGCUAAUUGAUUUGGGAUUGGCUAGUCCUACUUUCAAAGCAAAUAGGUAUGGCAGUUGGGGUGGACGUGCUGGAGUAUCCCAUCUUAGAAACAGAGCUGAUUAUUGCUUCGAUCUCGACCCGGAUGCAUUUGCAAAUUCAUCAUAUUGGCUUUUUAAUAUGAUUGGUUUACUUCUCGGCACACAGAUUCCUCUAAAAUACUAUUCAACUGCUGCACAAUAUCAGACCGAUGGCUCUAUUCCUUCUGCCGACAGUUCAUGUGCAGAUGGCUGUUCACAAUGCAUGGAUCCGGGGGAAACUGUUAUUGAUAGGCAAAAUCUCUUGGAUGAGAGCGGACCAUCUAAUUCGAGGGCUGAGCCCCCAAUGUUAGAACGUUUUCUGGAUGAGGUUGAUUGUACCGUGAAGUCAGAGAAUUGCGAGCCAGAAAUCGAUAAGGGAACUAAAAAAUCGAUACCGGAACAAUGGCGUUCCAAUUGCCCUGAAAAGGGUUAUACAAGCCAUUCAGAAAACCGUACUGAGGACCGAAUUCCUCCUCACACCAACUUUAUGUCGGCGCCACGGUUAAUGUCAAAUCGCUUCCAAGACUCAGUCUUCAAGUCUCGAUCCCAAGAAUGGACAGCCCAUAACCCGGGCCGCGCGCGGUUCAUGAAAAUUAUAGAGAUCGAUAUUUCACUAUUCUACUGUGAAUUUAUUGAGGAAAUUCUACAUAUCUUCGGAGAAACCCGGAGGGAACGUGUGUGGUAUACGCUGCCAACCAUAUGGGACUUCUUUAAUGGCCCAGCCUCUCCCCCACCACAAUCGAAAAAUCAGAUCCGUGAGGGACGACUUCGGGCCAAAAGCUCCCGUCGCAGCGCUUAUCCACGGGAACGCUCAAUGAGUUGCCCAACAUGGGGCUGCAAGGAGCUCAGCCAACUAAACCGAUAUAAUAGAUGGGUUCAAAGCCCAGGAAAGUUGUCGGAUGCGAAAAGAGCUGUCGAUAGAGAAAGAAUUAGGGUGCAUAAUUUUGUCAGAGAGACACAACGAACUGCGGACUGGGCUAUCGCUGGUUUGAAAUUGGUGGAGCGUGAAACCGAUCGUGAGGUUGAAAGAGCGUGGGAUGGAGGUCUAUGGUCGAUGCCUAUACCAAAUAAGGAAACGCAGGCGUUGCAAGCAGGAUUUGCACAAUGGCAUAUUUGGAGGGGCUGA